ACAACCGGCCCUUUCAUACAGUCCACUUAUCCUCGUAACAAUAACAUUGGUCCUUUAGGAUUCUCACCGUCUUAAUUUUCGAAAUCGUCGAAAUAACGGUCACCGCAAUGUUCAACGUCGAGUCUCUGCGCACUUCAAAACGCGGUCUUCAGCUAUAGAAGAUCUUCGGGAGCCUUCAUCGUCGUCAAGAUCAUCAUCCUGCCGAAGAAACUUCGCCCGGCAACCGCGCGCGCUCGAGAACAAAGUAGUCGACGGAACGCCGGACUUCGGACCAACCCGCUGAAUCUGCGAGUCAUCGUCAAGAAAAGGAGAAGAUUGCAUCAGCAAGGAUUCACUGGUGGAUGGUUUGGUCACUCGUGAGUUCGUUCCAAUUAUUCCUUCUAUCUUUUCCUUUCUUUUAAUCUUAAAUUCCCUAAAACAGUUUUUUUUUUUUUUUGAGUGGGUACACACAUUUGUCGCAUAUUCUUUGUCUUACUGGCAGCGUAUUUCUUACUUUUAUACAAGCUUAAACAAUAAUAAACAAUAUUCUAUGCCUUUAAAGCUUAACUUCGCUUGCAUUUAGCAAAAAACAUUGCUCCCGCAUAACGGGAUAUUGUUUGUCGCACUCCAAUCACUGUCGCUAAUUAGUCUGGCUCGCUGCGCCGCUGCGCAUGCACACCUGUAUUUAUUAUUCGUACGAAAUGCGAGAUCGAGAUGCUUUCGGACGACCCCUCCGUUUCCGAGUUGGAGCGCGAGGAGUUCGAAGCCGGGUACCACCCGCUGGUAGCUGAGGCGCGGCGCCUGCUGGGUGCACAGCCCCAGGAUACUUCCGUGAUACAGCUCGAAGAUGCACAGGGGGAAGCCCAAAAGCAUCACGUCCGACAAUGGGACAAACUUCGUCGGCACUUCCAACGAGCUGGCUCAAUUUCUGGUUCAGUCCGACCUUGAAGGUCACAUGGCUCAGGAAGGCAUUGAAUUUAAAUUUGUGCCUGCCUAUACACCUCAUUUCAACGGACUCGCCGAAAGAGCCGUGCGCUCUACAAAGCAUCAUCUUAAGCGGUUACUGCAAACCACUCAUCUUACUUAUGAGGAAAUGGCGACUUUACUCACUCAAAUAGAAGCUGUUUUAAAUUCUCGCCCUCUCAUUCCCUUUUCCACUGAUCCUACAGAUUUUUCCGCUCUAACCCCUGCUCACUUCUUAAUUGGACGCUCGCUUAUGACUGUUCCGCAACCACAGGUGCCUGAUGUCAGCAUCACCCGCCUGGAGCGAUUUAGGAGGAUUGAGCUUUUGAAGCAGCACUUUUGGAGGCGCUUCUGUAAUGAAUAUGUAACUCUUUUGCAACAAAAGCUUAAGUGGCAUUCUUCAAAAUCCGAGUUGAAACUUGGUUCUCUCGUCCUCGUGAAGGAGAAAGCUCUCCCGCCAUUGCUUUGGUGCUUGGGACGCGUCAUUCAGCUUUAUCCUGGCAGCGACGGCACCGCUAGAGUCGCUGAACUGAAGACAAGGAGAGGCACCAUUCGAAGGGCAUUUAAUAACAUCUGUCCCCUUCCAGAUUUUUGAAGUCUUUCAACACCUUCAGUACUUCAACCCGGGGAGCAUGUUGAGACAUGGCAAGACUCGCUGCGACGCGGCGCCGGCGACCGCGACGUCACGACCGACGUCACGACCGGCGGCACCAACGAGCGAACGGCGGUCGACGGCGACGACACUCGCCACCUCGGACUCCACCGGCAACGGACUACUCUUCUGAACUAGCCUUGACCCGAACUUUCAUUGCGAUUUAAGAAGGCGAUACAACCGGCCCUUUCAUACAGUCCACUUAUCCUCGUAACA